AUGAUGAUGAGUAGUUCCCUCGAUUCUUUCCUUCCCCGCCCCUGCAGUCCUGGUCAUGGUGUUGCACGAAACCCUGGAGCCUGCGUGGUGUCCGGGCAAGGUGUUGACGCAGUGGUCCUCGAUUCUUUCCUUCCCCGCCCCUUCAGUCCUGGUCCUUGUGUUGCACGAAACCCUGGAGCCUGUGUGGUGUCCGGGCAAGGUGUUGACGAAGUGGUCCUCGAUUCUUUCCUUCCCGCCCCUUCAGCCCUGGUCAUUGUGUUGCACGAAACCCUGGAGCCUGCGUGGUGUCCGGGCAAGGUGUUGACGCAGUGGUCCUGGAUUCUUUCCUUCUCCCGCCCCUUCAGUCCUGGUCAUUGUGUUGCACGAAACCCUGGAGCCUGCGUGGUGUCCGGGCAAGGUGUUGACGCAGUGGUCCUCGAUUCUUUCCUUGCCCCUUCAGUCCUGGUCAUUGUGUUGCACGAAACCCUGGAGCCUGCGUGGUGUCCGGGCAAGAUGUUGACGCAGUGGUCCUCGAUUCUUUGCUUCCCCCGCCCCUUCAGUCCUGGUCAUUGUGCUGCACGAAACCCUGGAGUUUGCGUGGUGUCCGGGCAAGGUGUUGACGCAGUGGUCCUCGAUUCUUUCCUUCCCCGCCCCUUCAGUCCUGGUCAUUGUGUUGCACGAAACCCUGGAGCCUGCGUGGUGUCCGGGCAAGGUGUUGACGCAGUGGUCCUCGAUUCUUUCCUUCCCCGCCCCUUCAGUCCUGGUCAUUGUGUUGCACGAAACCCUGGAGCCUGCGUGGUGUCCGGGCAAGGUGUUGACGCAGUGGUCCUCGAUUCUUUCCUUCCCCGCCCCUUCAGUCCUGGUCAUUGUGUUGCACGAAACUCUGGAGCCUGCGUGGUGUCCGGGCAAGGUGUUGACGCAGUGGUCCUCGAUUCUUUCCUUCCCCGCCCGUUCAGUCCUGGUCAUUGUGUUGCACGAAACCCUGGAGCCUGCGUGGUGUCCGGGCAAGAUGUUGACGCAGUGGUCCUCGAUUCUUUCUUUCCCGCACCCUCAGUCCUGGUCAUUGUGUUGCACGAAACCCUGGAGCCUGCGUGGUGUCCGGGCAAGGUGUUGACGCAGUGGUCCUCGAUUCUUUCCUUCCCCGCCCCUUCGGUCCUGGUCAUUGUGUUGCACGAAACCCUGGAGCCUGCGUGGUGUCCGGGCAAGGUGUUGACGCAGUGGUCCUCGAUUCUUUCCUUCCCCGCCCCUUCAGUCUUGGUCAUUGUGUUGCACUGGUGUCCGGGCAAGGUGUUGACGCAGUGGUCCUCGAUUCUUUCCUUCCCCGCCCCUUCAGUCCUGGUCAUUGUGUUGCACGAAACCCUGGAGCCUGCGUGGUGUCCGGGCAAGGUGUUGACGCAGUGGUCCUCGAUUCUUUCCUUGCCCCUUCAGUCCUGGUCAUUGUGUUGCACUGCAUGGUGUCCGGGCAAGGUGUUGACGCAGUGGUCCUCGAUUCUUUCCUUCCCCGCCCCUUCAGUCCUGGUCCUUGUGUUGCACGAAACCCUGGAGCCUGUGUGGUGUCCGGGCAAGGUGUUGACGAAGUGGUCCUCGAUUCUUUCCUUCUCGGCCCCUUCAGUCCUGGUCAUUGUGCUGCACGAAACCCUGGAGCCUGCGUGGUGUCCGGGCAAGGUGCUGACGCAGCGGUCCUCGAUUCUUUCCUUCCCCCGUCCCUUCAGUCCUGGUCAUUGGUUGCACGAUACCCUGGAGCCUGCGUGGUGUCCGGGCAAGGUGUUGACGCAGUGGUCCUCGAUUCUUUCCUUCCCCCGUCCCUUCAGUCCUGGUCAUUGGUUGCACGAUACCCUGGAGCCUGCGUGGUGUCCGGGCAAGGUGUUGCAGUGGUCCUCGAUUCUUUCCUUCCCCCGCCCCUUCAGUCCCCACCCCUUUAGUCCUGGCCAUGCUGUUGCAAAGUCCGCGAAUACCGGUUUAGAUGAGUGCUUCAGCAACUUUAUUGAAUCUCAGCAGACCAUCUGA